AUGACGGCUUAUAUCAAAAAAGAGAUUAAAGCGAGGCAAAAAGCCUAUACUACAGGGAACAUGACCAAAUAUAGACAAUUGGCUGAUAAGAUCAUUACACUUAUCAAGAAAGCUAAAGCAGAAUUUUAUUCAUCUAAGGUCAAAAGCAAACGCAAACACGAUGCAGCAAAAUGGCAUAGAACGAUAUCCCAGUUAGCUGGCUUUGAAGAUGACAAUCUAAACAACAACUUAAUCUCAGACAGCACUCCCGAUACAGCGGAAAUACUGCAGAAUAUAUUUACUAAACCAUGGUCAAAACUUCCUGAAACCAUAAUCCCUAGUCUUGAAGACGUAGCGUCAUCACUGAGGCAAGAAAAUCCUCCUACUCCCUCAAUUGGACAGGUUAAGACUGCCUUGAAACAACUAAACUCUAAAAAAGCCCCCGGGUCCGAUGGGAUUCCAGCAUGGGUGCUUAAACGAUACUGUGAAGAACUAGCGCCCAUCGUUCAUGACAUUAUUUGCGCCAGUAUAAAAGAAUGUGAAUAUCCAACCGCGUAUAAACACGCCUUAGUUAUCCCAGUUCCGAAGGUCAAUCCACCAAGAGAUAUCGAGAAUGACUUUCGCCAGAUAUCCAUUCUUCCCCAAAUGGCUAAAGUGCUGGAAAAGCUGCAGCUCAAACUGAACCUUCCCAGUUCACGUAUAAAUGAUAAUCAGCAUGCCUUUACAAGCAAACGAUCAACCGUGUCCGCACUCACCAACAUCUCGCAGAACUGGUUUAAUGUGACCGACAAUACGCAUAGCGCCAAAAAUGGAGUUCAUGCACUAUUCAUAGAUUUUCGCAAAGCCUUUGACCUUGUUGACCACGGAAUUCUACUUCGUAAGCUCGCAGAAAUGAAUGUAACCAAAGCCUUUUGGCUAUGGACACGUAGUUUUCUGGAAGAUAGAAGACAACAGGUCAAACUAGCAGGAACCCUAUCAUCGGUCAAACCUUGUCCUGCAGGAGUCCCACAAGGUUCUGUGAUGUCCCCCGCUCUUUUUAAUAUUCACAUUAACGAUAUUGAGAACUUAAUCCCAGAUGGAUUAUCCAUAAACAUAUGCAAAUACGCGGAUGAUUGUACACAGGACGAAGUGGUGUCACAAGGUUCAUCCAGCCAUAUGCAGGAGGCCCUUGAAGCAGUACAAGAAUGGUCUAAUAGGAACAAAAUGACGAUAAAUUCGAAGAAAACAAAAGAUAUGUGGAUAUGUUUUAACACAGCAAUACCGGCACCAGAACCAUUGGUCACUGGAAACGAGGCAGUGGAAAGAGUAAAUUCUCAUAAACUGUUGGAUGUCUGGCAUCAAAACAAUUUGAAAUGGAACUGUCAUGUUAAAAACAUUGUAAGGAAAGCAAAUAAACGAAUGUUUAGUCUGAGAGAAUGCCGUAGAGCGAAUCUUCCUCCUGAGGUCGGUAUUACAUGUUAUGAAUCCAAUAUUAGACCUGUUUUAGAAUAUGCAGCUCCGAUAUGGGGUGGUUUACCACAAUAUCUCAUUGAUGAAAUAGAGAGCAUUCAAAACAGAUGCAUCAAAAUCCUUGGCACAUCUCGGUGCAACUUUGAAACGCUAGAACAAAGAAGGGCACACCUAACUGUUAAGGAAUACCAAAGAAUUCUAAAUGAUCCGACCAACCCAUGUAAUAAACUUAUCCCCCAACCUUUUACCCAUGAACACGAUCUAAGAACAACAAAUAAUCUACCAUAUGAUGUAUCGUAUACUAAAAGACACCGGCAAUCCUUUAUACCUAGAGCUAUAUCCCUUUUAAAACAGUCCUAA